CAAGAUCGCUAUCCUGAAUGUCCCCUGCUGCUUUGUUUGCCAGCGCCGUACUGAUACGCAGUCACUCGGGCCUAGGCCUGAUCAACAUUCAGCUAGCUCCUUCCCAUUAAGCUUUGAUGAGCUUUGUAAAGGCAAGACCUAAUCAUGAUGAACCCUUUCCUGAAUUAGCUUAGAAGAUCAUCGAAUCGAUCAGCAGCGCCAGCACCAUGUGAUCUUAUCGUAAUAAUUUGCAAACAUAUCUAGACCGUACGUAUAAAUAUUCAUGCGUUCAUCGAUAUCCACCAUCACAUACCAUCAUCAUCAUCCCCACCCUCUAAUCUCACAAAAUGGUCAAGUUGUACGGUUUCUCCGGUUCCACAUGCACCCGCCUCGUUGCCCUCAUCUGCAAGGAAAAGAACAUCCCAUACGAGUUGACCUCGGUCAACUUGUCCAAAGGCGAACAGAAGGCCGCAUCGCACACUGCGAUCCAGCCAUUCGGACAGGUUCCAUACAUCGAUGACGACGGCUUCAUUCUAUACGAGUCGCGCGCGAUCGCGAGAUACCUUAGCAAGAAAUACCCCAACCAAGGCACCUCCUUGAUUCCUAGCGAUCCCAAGGCAGAGGCUCUGUUCGAACAAGCAGCUUCGAUCGAGACAUUCAACUUCAGCGUUAUCGUCGGGCCCAUCGUCGGCGAAAAGGUGUUCAAGCCGCGCCGUGGUCUGCAACCGGACGAGGAACGUGUCAGCGAGCUGUUGGCGAGCCUCCAGAGCAAGAUGGAUGCGUAUGAGGUGAUCCUCAGCAAACAGAAGUACCUUGCUGGUGACUCUGUCACGAUCGCUGAUUUGUGCCACCUGCCGUAUGGCACUGCGUUUUACGGACUCGGAGGUAGCUUUGCUGAGGUGUUUGACAGCAGGCCUAGCCUUUCUAGGUGGUGGAAGGAUAUCUCUAGCAGGCCUGCUUGGCUUGCCGUCAAGGAUGGUGCAUAAGCGCAUGAGCCGUAGUUCAACAAUUUGAUUUGUAGGAUACUUUUGGAAAGCAGAGCAGAGGAAUGUCGUAUGUAAUACCAAUAAAACUUCAGUCGCAGAUGUAUCCCAAUCGAUGUUU